AUGGACGAGGAGGAGACGCCGUACCUGGUCAAGCUGCCCGUGGCGCCCGAGCGCGUCACGCUGGCCGACUUCAAGAACGUGCUCAGCAACCGGCCGGUGCACGCCUACAAAUUCUUCUUCAAGUCCAUGGACCAGGACUUCGGGGUGGUGAAGGAGGAGAUCUCGGCGGACAAUGCCAGGCUGCCCUGCUUCAAUGGCCGCGUCGUCUCCUGGGUGGUGAAGGAGGAGAUCUCAGCGGACAAUGCCAGGCUGCCCUGCUUCAAUGGCCGCGUCGUCUCCUGGGCAGCUGAGCAGGUGGGUGGAGCCAGGGUCUGGCCAGGCAAGGGGGAGGCAAGGGCCUCGAAGGGCCCCCGUUGCCCACGCUCUCGUUGGCACAGCCCGAACGUGGCCAGCAGCCGUGACGGGAUGGACAACGAGACCGGCACCGAGUCCAUGGUCAGCCACCGGCACCAGCGAGCCCGACGCCGGAACCGGGAGGAGGCCACCCGGGCCAACGGGCACCCGAGGGGGGACCGGCGGCGGGACCUGGGCUUGCCCCCCGACAGCACCUCCACCCUGCUGAGCAGUGAGCUCGAGUCCAGCAGCUUCAUCGACUCCGAUGAGGAUGACAACACAAGCCGGCUGAGCAGCUCCACCGAGCAGAGCACCUCGUCCCGACUCAUCCGGAAGCACAAGCGCCGGCGGCGGAAGCAGCGCCUGCGGCAGGCAGACCGCGCCUCGUCCUUCAGCAGCAUCACCGACUCCACCAUGUCCCUGAACAUCAUCACCGUCACGCUCAACAUGGAGAGGCACCACUUCCUGGGCAUCAGCAUCGUGGGCCAGAGCAACGACCGGGGGGACGGCGGCAUCUACAUCGGCUCCAUCAUGAAGGGCGGGGCGGUGGCUGCCGACGGCCGCAUCGAGCCCGGGGACAUGCUGCUGCAGGUGAACGAUGUCAACUUUGAGAACAUGAGCAACGACGAUGCCAUGCGCGUGCUGCGGGAGAUCGUGUCCCAGACGGGGCCCAUCAGCCUCACGGUGGCCAAGUGCUGGGACCCGACCCCCCGGAGCUACUUCAGUCCCAGGGCUCACCCUGUUCGGCCCAUCGACCCGGCCGCCUGGCUAUCCCACACGGCGGCGCUGACCACAGCCCUGCCCCNNNCAGAGCUGGAGGAGGCGCCGCUGACGGUGAAGAGCGACAUGGGCGCCGUGGUCCGGGCCAUGCAGCUGCCCGACUCGGGGCUGGAGAUCCGCGACCGCAUGUGGCUCAAGAUCACCAUCGCCAACGCCGUCAUCGGCGCGGACGUGGUGGACUGGCUGUACACGCACGUGGAGGGCUUCAAGGAGCGGCGCGAGGCGCGCAAGUACGCCAGCAGCAUGCUGAAGCGCGGCUUCCUGCGGCACACCGUGAACAAGGUCACCUUCUCCGAGCAGUGCUACUACGUCUUCGGGGAUCUGUGCAGCAAUCUCGAGGCCCUGAACCUCCACAGCGGCUCCAGUGGGGCCUCGGAUCAGGACACGUUGGCCCCGCUGCCCCACCCGGCUCCCUGGCCCCUGGGGCAGGGCUACCCCUAUCAGUACCCAGGGCCUCCGCCCUGCUUCCCGCCCGCGUACCAGGACCCUGGCUUCAGCUACGGCAGCGGCAGCGCUGGGAGUCAGCAGAGUGAAGCCUUAGACUGAAGGACUAGCGGAUGGACCCUCGGGGCCGGUAAGCCAGGGCCCUGCCCGGCCUCCCUCUUGGCGUGUCCCUCGCCGGCCGGCACCCUCGGGUUCCCGGCAUUUGUGAGGACCCGGGACAGAGCUGAGCCGAGCCGUUAGCCAGGGCCCCAGGGUCCGAUGGAAGGUGGGUCUCAGGGUGGGGGGCCCAGGUUGGCCAAUGGGAGCCGGCACACGGGGUCUCACA